AUGGCGAAAAUGGAGGGAGUGGCGAAUGCAGGCGAGAUCGCAGCCGUUGACGGCGUAGACUACGUGCAAACGGGGCCAUUGGAUCUGAGCGCUAGCUUGGGGUACUUGUGGGACCCGAGGAACAAAAGGGUGAGGGAGGCGUUGAGGGAGGCUGAGAGAAAGGUGUUGGAGAGCCGAAACGACGACGUCGAGAGUGAAGCUUAUCUUGCGGGCUUCGCCACGGCGUUUGAUAGGGCGAAGGAGUUAAGGUCACGUGGGUAUCACAUGUUGAGUGGCGUCGUGGAUAUCGGGUUGUUUCGGAGCGCGGCGACGGAGGAUGUGAUUGCUUUCAAGACGAGUGUAUCGGGGAGUGAGGAGGAAGAGGAGAAAGAGGUUGAUGAGAAGUACUGGAGUGAAUGA